GUAGGUCGAUUCGCACUGAGAUGUCGGCUUGAGGUUCAGCGGGUGCUAACAAAAUCGUGACAAGGUCGUGCAAUCCGCCACCAAGGGGACUGGGCUGCUCUUGUGCUUCUGGAUCGACGGUAUGCCAAUGUUGCGAUACGGAACAAGCUGCCGAAGUGGAUUGGAAGCGGGCUUACUGUCGCAGACACGUACGGCAUGGUGAUCAAGGAGCUGGCGACGUUCUAUCGCCUGAAGAGCACAACGUGACACGCCCCUAUUGCCAUCUGUUUUUGCUAUUUACAUAUCUAUAUACCGAUGUGAUUGCUAUCUUACUGUGACCAGUAGAGGAAGUUCAACCGUGGGAGUGUUCUCGACCACGCGCGCGUAUGCCGAUCGCCGUGCAUUGAUUUCAUCACCCCCGGGCCGGACACAUUUUACCCUCCACCAUGGAGGAACAGUCACAUAAAGCUCACCGCGUAUCUAAGAAGGACAAGGGCAAGGGGAAGGAAAAGCAGAAGGGCUUCAACGAGAAGGCCUUCGCCCCCAAGUCCGGACGUCGAGCGGAGCGCCAGGGACGCCGAAAUGUCGAGCGCGAUCAGACGCGCCUCCAUGUCCCCCUCGUCAACCGCACACCAGACGAUGAGCCACCCCCUGUCGUAGUCGCUAUCGUCGGCCCCCCUGGCGUGGGCAAGACGACACUACUCAAGUCCCUCGUUCGACGCUACACGAAGCAGACGCUCAGCGAUCCCAAGGGCCCGAUCACUGUGGUCAGCGGCAAGAAGAAGCGCCUUACCUUCGUCGAGUGCAACAAUGACCUGAACAGCAUGAUUGACAUCGGCAAGGUCGCUGACCUCGUCUUGCUAAUGAUCGACGGGUCCUUCGGGUUCGAGAUGGAAACCUUCGAAUUCCUCAACAUCCUCCAGUCCCAUGGCUUCCCCAAGGUCAUCGGCAUCCUUACCCACCUCGACCUCAUCAAGAAAGCCGCGACCUUGCGCGCCACCAAGAAGAUGCUCAAGAAGCGCUUCUGGACGGAGAUCUACCAGGGCGCGAAGCUCUUCUACCUCUCCGGCGUGCUCAACGGGCGCUACCCCGACUCCGAGAUCAUGAACCUCUCGCGCUUCAUUGGCGUGAUGAAGUUCCGGCCACUCGUCUUUCGCAACACGCACCCCUACGUUCUCGUCGACCGCCUCGAGGACAUGACCCCGCGCGAGGAGGUGCGCCAGAGCAAGGGGAAGUGCGACCGCACGGUGACGCUGUACGGCUAUGUGCGCGGGACGAAUUUGCGCCAUCACACGCGCGUGCACGUACCUGGUGUUGGCGACUUCGAUGUCGAUUCGGUGGAGAAGCUGGGGGAUCCAUGCCCCAUGCCGGACGCGGACUCGGAGAAGAGGAGGAAACUGAGCGAGAAGAAGCGGCUGAUCAUCCACGCACCGAUGAGCGAUGUCGGCGGCGUAUCCUACGACAAGGACGCAGUGUAUAUCAACGUCCCGGGAAGCUUCACGCGAGGAAACGAUGAGAUGCCGAAGGGAGAGGGCGAGCAGAUGGUGAUGGACCUGCAGGACGUCAACUCGACACUCGAGGACGCUGUCACUCGGAGUCAGAUACGACUCUUCGGGUCGUCGUCGAAGGGGUUGGAGGUGCAGGAGAGGGGCGAAAUGGGCGAGGAUGACUUCGGUGACGAGUCUGCAGAUGAGGAGGAUGAGGAGUUCUCAGAAGAUGAAGACGAGGACGGGGAUCCUGACGAGGACAACGUCUUGCCUGGCGCCGAUCGUCAUCAAGGCCCGAAUACAGGUCGAACAUCAAGACGAAAUCCUGCCCGUGGCCUCGCUUCGUCAUCACAAAAGCAGAAGACCGAUGUUGCCUUCGCAGACAGCGACUCCGAGCUGGGCGACGAGGAAGAGGAGGAUGAUUUCGGUGGUCGCGUGCGGUUCGAGGACGAUGUCGACAUCCCCAGCGACGAGGAGGAUGAGGACGGCAUGGACGUCGAUGAGGACGAUGACGCUGGCGCCAGGUGGAAGCGGAACAUGGGCGACAAUCUCGCGUCAUUACGGCGGAAAAAGCGGGACUGGACGAAGCUCAUCUAUCGCACGGAUCUCGAACCAGAAGCAGUCUUGCGGCAGGUGCAUGGCGAGAGUGACGAGGAUGAUGCUGACAAAGAGGAGAAGGAGGGAGAGGACGACGACUUCUUCGAGGUAAAGAAGAAGGCUACGCAGGAGACGGAGGACGAGGUGGAGGGUGCCAUUCACGACGACCUCAGCAAAUGGGAAGACGAGGAGAUGCUCGAGUCCCUACGGCACCUCUUCAUCACCGGCGGCGAGGCAGGCGAGGAGGGCGAAGAGGGCGCCCCCUUCGAGGAUCUCGAGGCCGGCGACGGCUCGGACGCUGAGGGUGACAUUGCCCCGUCAGCCGAGAGCAAAUCCGCCUCCGCCCUCGCCGCCAAGAAGGAGCUCCUCAAGCGCAAGUUCGACGAGCAGUACGACGACCCCUCCGCCUCCAAGCUCGACUUCUACGACGAGAAGAAGGAGGAGAUGGCGCAGCAGCUCGCGCUCAACCGCGCCGAGUUCGCCGGCGUCGACGCCGAGUCGCGCGCGCUCAUCGAGGGCUUCCUCCCCGGCGCGUACGUGCGUAUCCUGCUCCGCGGCGUCCCCGCCGAGUUCGUCGAGCACUUCGACCCCGCGUACCCGCUCAUCGCGGGCGGCCUCGUCACCGCGGAGACGCAGAUGGGUUUCGUGCAGGUCCGGAUCAAGCGCCACCGCUGGUUCACCAAGACGCUCAAGACGAACGACCCGCUCAUCUUCUCCCUUGGCUGGCGGCGGUUCCAGUCCAUUCCCAUCUACUCCCUCGACGACCACUCGAUCCGGAUGCGUAUGCUCAAGUACACGCCCGAGCACAUGCACUGCUACGCGACGUUCUACGCGCCCGCGGCCGUGCCCAACACGGGGUUCUGCGCGUUCAACUCGGUCGAGUCUGAUGGGCGCGCGGGCUUCCGCGUCGCGGCGACGGGCGUCGUGCUCGACAUCGACCGCAGCGUGAAGAUCGUGAAGAAACUGAAGCUGACGGGCGUGCCGUACAAGAUCUACAAGAACACGGCGUUUGUGAAGGACAUGUUCAGCAGCGCACUCGAGGUGGCGAAGUUUGAGGGUGCGAACGUGCGGACAGUCAGUGGGAUCCGAGGUCAGAUCAAGAAGGCAUUGUCGAAGCCGGAUGGCGCGUUCCGUGCGACCUUCGAGGAUAAGGUGCUGAAAAGCGACCUUAUCUUCUUGCGCGCAUGGUACACGAUCCAGCCCCGGAGAUUCUACACGCCCGUCACCUCCUUGCUUCUCGAGGACAAGGCUCACUGGCAGGGCAUGCGCCUCACCGGCCAAGUCCGUCGCGAGGAGGGUCUCAAGACGCCCUUGAACGUCAACUCGACCUACAAGAAGAUCGAGCGCGCUCCACGUCGCUUCAACCCCCUCCGUGUCCCACAAAAGCUCCAGGCCGAGCUACCCUACGCGUCCAAGCCCAAACUCACCGCGCCGCAAAAGCGGCAGACCUACCUGCAGAAACGCGCGGUCGUGAUGGAGCCCGAGGAGAAGCGGGCGAUCGCGCUGCUGCAGCAGAUGCGCGCACUCCGCGGGGACCAGGUGAAGCGCCGGCGAGAGAAGAAGGCAGAGAAGAGGGAGGAGAGGGAGAAGGCGCUGGCGAAGGAGGAGGCGAAGAAGGGCGAGAAGGAGAAAGAGAAGCGGAAGGAGUACAUGCGCAUUGCGGGGCAGAAGAGCAAGCGGGAGGCAGACAUAGAGGGCGGGCGGGGCGGCAAGCGGCGGAAGACAUGAGGGAGGGGCACAUAGUAUGUGUAGUUCUAGGUGUGCACUUCGUUGCUAUAGAUAUCUCAUCAUGAGCGCUACGGGCGACAUACAGAGCAGAGCUCUAUUGGGACACAUAAUAUGCGGUCCAGAAUAUACAGGGCGAUACAAUGCGAUACAAGCAAAUGCGAGCCUGUCGAUAGCCAGAU